AUGACCGACGCGACCCCCGCUUCCGCCGGCGACUCGCCGCCGCCGCCAGAGACCGGCGGCUCCAUCUCCUCCAUGGUCGCCUCAUCCGCCUCCUCGGCGGCGGCCGCGGCCGCGGACUUCACGCGCCGGGGCGAGGCCUUCGGCGCCGACAUGGCCGCCGCCGCAAGGAACGCCUUCGACACCGGCACCGCCCACGCCCACUCCUCCGCCAUCGCCGCGUCCGAUGCCGCCAACGCGGCCAUGGCCGAGGCGCUCGCCGCCUUCCCCACCCUCACCCACGCCGCAAAGCAAGAGUUCGAAUGGGUGAAGAACGAGUACUUGGCUCGCGAGCAGAUGGCGUUGGGCAAGAUCAAAGAGGGUGUUAUCAAGGCGAUCGAGCAUCCAGGCAUUGCUGCAGGCUCAACCGCGGUUGCAGGAAUUGUGCUGUUCAAAAGGCCAAGGAGCUACCUGAUCCAACGUGUACGGCGUAUAUUUGUCAGCAAGGAGACUCUACUUUCCGGCAUCCAGGCUGAAGUGAAUCACAUGCGGCAAACUGUCAAUCUUGUGUCAAAUGAAAGUCAAAAACUGAUGGAUAGAGCAGCAACAGCAGAAAAAAGAUUCCAGAAAGGAUGGAAUACACUUAGGGAAGAAGGGCGUGCCAUUCAGAGUGAGCUGAAGCAAAUUAGUGACAUUGAAAACCAAGCAGUAGGUCUCAAGGGAGUCCUUGAUCAACUUCCGAGAGCACACUCAUCUGAAUUUCGAUCAGAGAUCUCUGGCCUAGCCUCCCAGGUCAAGAAGGACAAGCGGGUGCUCAACUCUGCCCUCACGAAGAUUGUGAAUUACGGCGUCCCUAUCUAACCGCAUCAAGGGCCACACCUUUUUUAAUCCUGAGGAAGAUGAAGUGCAAGCCACUUGUUGAUCUUUCCCAGAAAAAAAAUCGCCGAAGAAUGGAAAAAACAAUAAGUUUUGUCUUUCUUGCAGACCUGUAAAUGUGCUUCUGCUGCACAGAUUCGUCACUAGCACCAGAUGACUUUUUGCCGUGUGUGUGCUCACGGAAAUGGGCUGAUGUAUUUUAUUUUCUUGGUAUGUAUGGUUGGCAGUUCUCUCGUUAUAGUAUCUGUUUGCUUGCA